AUGACUAGUGAUAGAUUUUUUAGAUUGGAUGCCGGCUACCAGCAGUAUGACUGGGGUAAGAUCGGUUCCAGCAGUGCUGUUGCUAAGUUUGCUGCACACUCAGACCCUUCUGUCAAGAUUGAUGAAACCAAACCAUACGCUGAGUUAUGGAUGGGUACUCACUCCAAGUUGCCAUCUGUAAACCACGAAACCAAGGCUACUCUGAAUGACAUUCUAGCCAAGAACUCUCAAGAGUUGAUUGGUGAAGAUGUCAUCAACAAGUUCAAGAGCACUAACGAGUUGCCAUUCUUGUUCAAGGUUCUAUCUAUUGAGAAGGUGCUGUCUAUCCAAGCCCAUCCUGAUAAGGAAUUAGGUAAGAAGCUUCAUAUGGAGGACCCAAAGAACUACCCUGAUGACAACCACAAGCCUGAAAUGGCCGUCGCAAUUACCGAGUUUGAAGGUUUCUGCGGUUUCAAGCCACUAGAAGAGAUUGCUGAUGAAUUGGAAACUAUUCCAGAAUUCAGAGAUGUUGUAGGUGAUGAAGUUGCCAAUGAGUUCAUUCAAAACUACAAGACUGGUGUUGAAAACAGUUCAUCAGCUUGCGCUAACAAUAAGAAACUAUUGCAAAAAGUUUUCGAAAAGGUUAUGACUGCUCCAUGUGAUAUACUAGAGAAGAACGCUGAUGGCAUGGCUAAAAGAGCUAAUGAAAACCCUUCCAGCUUCAAAUCAUCUGACUUGCCAGAGUUAGUUGUUAGAUUGAAUAGACAAUUUCCAAAGGACGUUGGUUUGUUCUGUGGUUGUCUAAUGCUGAACCACUGUAAAUUACAACCAGGUCAAGCUUUGUUUCUAGAGGCUAAGGACCCUCAUGCUUAUAUUUGUGGUGAUAUCAUUGAAUGUAUGGCAGCUUCUGAUAAUGUUGUGAGAGCUGGUUUCACUCCAAAGUUUAAGGAUGUUAAGAAUUUGGUUGAAAUGCUGACCUAUAGAUAUGAUCCAGUUGAAAAGCAAGUCAUGAGUGCUGAAGAAUUUCCAAGAGCUGGUGGUGAUGGUGCUACAAUUAUGUACAACCCUCCAAUUGCUGAAUUCUCCGUGUUGGAAACUACUUUCAAGAACAAAACAGGUAAGGCUACUGUUGAAGGUCUAAAAGGUCCAAGCAUUGUUAUUACAACAGCUGGUGAAGGUUACAUAAGCGCAGACGGCCAAAAGUUAAAGGCUGAACCAGGUUUUGUCUUCUUCAUUGGUGCAAAUGUUCCAGUGGAAUUAGAAACCACUGACAAAGAUUUUACAACUUACAGAGCUUUUGUUGAAGCUUAG